CGCGCAUGCAGAAAGGCGUCCACAUCACGGCGAUGCCCGGAAGCAGCCCAGCCGGCCAGCCCUCCGUCCAUCGCUCGAUCGCCAUCACUUUUAUUUUCGGCGCCGUGGAAGCAAUAUUGCGCACACUCUUCCUUUUUUGACUUGAGAACGCCAAACUUAGUGGUAGAUUAUCGUCUUAGAUUGAGUAAAUCUAUCCCCUAGGUACUUCCCGGAUUUCUCUCUCAAUAUGACUUCAUCUCUCUACUUCACCACCACCACCUCAUCCAUUAUAAAUUCUGCACUUCCCUUGCUUGGCUAAUUCAACUCUCUCAUGGUCAUGGAUGACAACAAUUGGGAUCUACACGCCGUGGUCAGAGCUGCCAGCUCCUUCGCCGAGGAGGAGGAGGAUGUCGUACAAGUUUCAAAUGACCAACUUUUCAGCGUCUUUCAUGAGCUACAGGAUCUCUGCAAGCCUACGGAAUUCCACCUACAACAGCAAGCGCCGCCGCUUGAUCUCUCCCUCACAGCUCCUCUGCUCCCUGCUCGGCGGCAGCAGAGCAGGGGAGCCCAUCUCUCUAAACGAAGGAAGAAUCCUGUUAAGAAGGUGUCGUGCCAAGUGCCGGCCAACGGAGUCCACCCGGACCGAUGGGCGUGGAGGAAGUACGGGCAGAAGCCCAUCAAAGGCUCCCCUUAUCCACGGGGAUACUACAGGUGCAGCAGCUCCAAGGCUUGUGAGGCAAAGAAGCAGGUGGAGCGAAGCAGGGCGGAUCCGGAGAUGUUGCACAUCACCUACACGGCGGAGCACAACCACCCCGUCCCCACGCACCGGAACUCACUCGCCGGAACCACUCGCCAGAAGCCGAUAGGCGCCGUCCAAGCACCGGCGGGCGGUGACUUGAACUUUUUGACCGAGAGAGGAAUAAGCUUCGAAGACCACUUGCUCACUUGCUCCGACGUGGCGGCUCCGGUGCCGGCAGACGGUCACUCAUUUUCCGAUUACUUGAUUUAAUUUUAAUUUGCAGCCGAACUUGCAACGAGAAUUAGUCAAUCUUCUGGAGAAAGUCAACCCAAACAAACUGCUCUUACUUAUCGUUUCAAGUUAAUUAAAAUUAUUUUAAUAUAAUUAUAGUACUUUUAAUCGGACAAAACUACGAAGUAAUUUGAUUAAAAUUAUUAGGAGGAUUGGAGGUAAAAAGUGAUAGAAAAAUUUCUGCAAGCUUCCGCAGUCUACAUCACAAAGAAAGAUGGAUUCCACUUUCUUCUCUAUUGCAGCAAGCCCCCAGGGCCCCCACCAAUUGGACCAUGGUCAUUGUGAGAGAGAUAAAUUAUAACACCCGAGCUAACAUGGGACGGACCGGAUGGGAUACAGGGCCACUUUCUUCUCUAUUGAUCCUACCAGAAAAGGAGAGAAAUAGUGAGUUAGUUAGGAUAUUGACUAUUAGAUAGAAAAAAUGAUUUCAAAUGGUUCAGUAUGUCAAAAGGAAUGUUAGUAAUUGA